AUGGCGGAGCUGGUGGUCACCAUGGCGAUCCGGCCACUGGUGGCCAUGCUCAGGGACAAGGCGUCCAGCUACCUCCUCGACCAGUACAAUGUGAUGGAGGGAAUGGAGAAGCAGCACAGGAUUCUCAAACGCAGGCUUCCUAUCAUCCUCGACGUCAUUACAAACGCCGAGGAGCAGGCCGCAUCACACAGAGAAGGAGCUAAAGCCUGGCUCCAGGAGCUCAAGACAGUGGCCUAUGAGGCAAAUGAAGUCUUUGAUGAGUUCAAGUAUGAGGCGCUCCGCCGUGAAGCGAAGAAGAAUGGACACUACAAAAAACUUGGAUUCGAUGUGAUAAAACUCUUCCCUACUCACAACCGUGUUGUGUUUCGUCACAGAAUGGGUAGCAAGCUUUGCAAGAUUCUGGAGGAUAUCAAUGUUCUCAUUGCGGAGAUGCAUGACUUUGGGUUGAGGCAGACGUUCUUGGUGUCCAAUCAGUUGAGGCAGACACCAGUGUCCAAGGAGUGGAGACAGACAGAUUAUGUCAUCAUCGACCCGCAAGAAAUUGCCAGCAGAUCCAGACAUGAAGAUAAGAAUAAUAUUGUUGACAUACUACUUGGUGAAGCUAGCAAUGCAGAUCUCGCAGUGGUUCCCAUUGUUGGAAUGGGGGGCCUUGGCAAGACCACAUUAGCGCAACUCAUAUACAAUGAACCUGAAAUUCAGAAGCAUUUUCCGUUGAAGCUCUGGGUCUGCGUCUCUGAUAUCUUCGAUGUGAAUUCGGUGGCUAAGAGUAUAGUUGAAGCAUCCCCCAAGAAAAAUGAUGACACAGACAAACCAGCACUGGAUAGACUUCAAAAACUGGUCAGCGGGCAGAGGUAUCUCCUUGUAUUGGAUGAUGUCUGGAACAGAGAGGUCCAUAAGUGGGAAAGGCUGAAGGUCUGUCUUCAGCAUGGUGGCAUAGGUAGUGCAGUGUUGACAACAACCCGUGAUAAACAAGUUGCUGGAAUUAUGGGCACAGAUAGAACCUACAAUCUCAAUGCUUUGAAGGAUAACUUCAUAAAGGAAAUUAUUUUAGACAGAGCAUUUAGUUCAGAGAAUAAAAAGCCUCCCAAGCUACUCAAGAUGGUUGGUGAGAUUGUGGAGAGAUGCCGUGGCUCUCCUCUAGCUGCAACUGCACUGGGAUCUGUACUUCGUACCAAGACCAGCGUGGAAGAAUGGAAGGCUGUAUCAUCUAGAAGCAGUAUUUGCACUGAGGAAACUGGAAUUUUGCCAAUACUCAAGCUUAGCUACAACGAUUUGCCAGCACACAUGAAGCAGUGCUUUGCUUUCUGUGCCAUAUUUCCCAAGGAUUACAAGAUUAAUGUGGAGAAGCUUAUCCAACUAUGGAUCGCAAAUGGCUUUAUCCCAGAACAGGAGGAAGAUAGUCUUGAAACCGUUGGAAAACAUAUUUUCAGUGAGCUAGCAUCAAGGUCAUUCUUUCUGGACAUAGAGGAAUUUAAGGGUGACAUGCAAAAUCAGCAGUAUUGUUUCAGAACUACAUGCAAAAUUCAUGAUCUUAUGCAUGAUAUUGCAAUGUCUGUUAUGGGAAAGGAAUGUGUCGUUGCAAUUAAGGAACCAAGUCAAAUCGAGUGGCUGUCAGAUACUGCUCGGCAUUUGUUCUUAUCAUGUGAAGAAACACAAGGUAUUUUGAAUGAUUCUUUGGAGAAAAGAUCCCCUGCCAUUCAAACACUCAUAUGUGAUAGUCCUAUGCAAAGUUCAUUGAAGCAUCUAUCAAAAUAUAGCUCUUUGCACGCCUUGAAGCUCUGUAUUAGAGGCACAGAAUCAUUUGUACUCAAACCAAAGUAUCUGCAUCACCUGAGGUACCUUGAUCUCUCAGCAAGUUAUUAUAUCAAAGCACUUCCUGAGGAUAUAAGUAUUCUAUAUAACCUGCAAGUGUUGGACCUUUCCAACUGCUGUUAUCUUAAACGACUUCCAAGGCAAAUGAAGUAUAUGACUUCCCUCUGCCACCUCUACACUCAUGGAUGUUCGUUUUUGAGGAGCAUGCCUCCAGGACUUGAAAAUCUCACUAAGCUGCAGACUCUCACAGUUUUUGUAGCAGGAGUUCCUGGCCCUGAUUGCGCUGAUGUUGGAGAGCUGCAUAAUCUAAACAUUGGUGGUCAGCUAGAGCUAUGCCGGGUAGAGAAUGUUGAAAAAGCAGAAGCAAAAGUGGCGAAUCUUGGAAACAAGAAGGAUCUCUGUGAACUGACAUUAAGAUGGACUAAGGUUGGCGACAGCAAGGUGCUCGACAAGUUCGAACCUCAUGGUGGGCUGCAGGUUCUGAAGAUAUAUUCCUAUGGAGGAGAGUGCAUGGGUAUGCUGCAAAACAUGGUUGAGAUCCAUCUUUUCCAUUGUGAAAGAUUGCGAUGUUUGUUUAGAUGCAGUACAAUCUUCACUUUUCCAAAACUGAAGGUGCUUAUGCUAGACCAUCUGUUGGGUUUUGAGGGAUGGUGGGAAAUAGAUGAGAGGCAAGUAGAACAGACAAUAUUUCCUGUGCUUGAGAAGUUGUUUAUGAGCAAUUGUGGAAAGUUGGUAGCAUUACCCGAAGCACCAUUGCUGCGAGGACCUUGUGGUGAGGGUGGUUAUACAUUGGUAUGCUCAGUGUUUCCUGCCCUGAAGGUGCUCAAAAUGAAAAACUUGGAGAUCUUUCAGAGAUGGAAUGCAGCUGAAGAGACUCAAGGAGAACAGAUAUUGUUUCCUUGUCUUGAGGAACUGUCAAUUGAGAAAUGCCCAGAGCUGAUAAAUUUACCUGAAGCACCAUUGCUUGAAGAACCAUGUAGCGGAGGUGGUUAUAGAUUGGUACGUUCAGCCUUUCCUGCCCUCAAGGUGCUCAAAAUGAAAUGCUUGGGGAGUUUUCAGAGAUGGGAUGGUGCUGCCAAAGGUGAACAAAUAUUUUUUCCACAGCUUGAGAAACUAUCAGUUCAGCAAUGCCCAAUGUUGAUAGAUUUACCUGAGGUACCAAAAAUCAGUGUGUUAGAAAUUGAAGAUGGCAAGCAAGAGAUCUUCCAGUUUGUGGACAAAUAUUUGUCCUCAUUGACCAAUCUGAUACUGAAGCUAAAAAAUACAGAAACACCAUCAGAGGUUGAGUGCACUUCAAUUGUACCGGUGGACAGAAAGGAGAAAUGGAACCAGAAAUCCCCUCUUACAGUUAUGGAGCUAACAUGCUGCAACUCAUUCUUUGGACCAGGUGCACUAGAGCCGUGGGACUAUUUUGUACACCUUGAAAAGUUGGAAAUUGAUAGAUGUGAUGUGCUCGUCCACUGGCCAGAGAAUGUGUUCCAAAGCUUGGUAUCCUUGAGGACAUUAGUGAUUACAAACUGCGAAAAUCUGACUGGAUAUGCACAAGCUCCUCUUGAGCCAUUGGCGUCUGAAAGGAGUCAGCACCUGAGAGGUCUGGAGUCUCUUUAUUUAGAAAACUGCCCAAGUUUAGUAGAGAUGUUCAACGUCCCGGCAUCUCUCAAGAAAAUGGAUAUUGAUAGGUGCAUUAAGCUUGAGUCCAUAUUCGGCAAGCAGCAGGGCAUGGCAGAGUUAGCCCAAGGAUCUUCUAGCAGUGAGGCAAUCAUCCCUGCAACUGUAUCAGAGUUGCCAUCCUCACCCAUGAAUCACUUUUGUCCAUGCCUAGAAUAUCUACAGUUAUCUGAUUGUGGAAGCUUACCGGCGGUUCUGAACCUGCCUUUGUCCUUAAAGACCAUACGGAUUUAUGGCUGCAGUAGUAUUCAAGUCCUAUCAUGCCAGCUGGGUGGGCUCCAGAAACCAGAAGCCACCACCUCCAGAAGCAGAAGUCCUAUCAUGCCACAGCCACUAGCAGCAGCAACAGCACCAACUGCAAGAGAGCAUUUACUUCCUCCCCAUCUCAAUACUCUAGGAAUAAAGGACUCUGCUGGCAUGUUGGGUGGGCCUCUCCGUCUGCCUGCACCCCUCAAGACACUGUUCAUUAUGGGCAACAGUGGGCUGACAUCGCUGGAGUGUCUGUCGGGAGAGCACCCCCCAUCGCUGGAAUACCUUCAUCUUGAAAGAUGCAGUACCCUGGCAUCCCUGCCGAAUGAGCCGCAAGUAUACAGGUCUCUCGGGUAUCUUGAAAUUAGAGGCUGCCCUGCUAUAAAGAAGCUCCCUAGAUGCCUGCAGCAGCGCCUGGGCAGCAUUGCCAUCAAAGGACUAGAUGCCCGUUAUGAAGUAAGAGCGUUUAAACCGAAGACAUGGAAUGAAAUACCAAGGCUGGUUCAAGAGCGGAGGCAGACCAGUCGAGAAGCUUUGUUGAGCUUUGUUGAACUCCGGCAGUCCAUGCAGGAGUAA